AUGAGCGUGGCACGAUCAAUGGUUGCCGCACUUCGUCUCCCUGGACUGGAUAGAGGCUGGCUCCUGCGUUUGUGCUUCACGCUAACUUGGCUGGACGGGACGUCGAAUGGGACGAGGCGCACGUGGAGCAAGCACGUGGAGGAAGGAAAGCAUGCACAAGUGCGCCUUGAUGUCGGGACAUAG